CAAAGUAAUAUAGACUAUAAGAUACAUUUGAAUGCAUCGAUUGAUUGUGUUCGGUUUCUUUUAAGGCAACGUCUUGCAUUCAGAGGCCAUGAUGAAUCUGAAACUUCAAACAACAGGGGGAACUUUAUAGAGCUAUUGCAGUUUCUUGCUGAUCAUGAUAAAAGCAUCGAAACUGUUACUUUCAAGAAUGUUGCUGAGAAUCUCAAGUUAACUUCAUCAGAUUUUCAAAAGGCCAUUCUUAAUGCAGUUGCGACCGAAACAAUGGAGCUCAUUCUAAGUGAUAUUGGUGAUGAUUUUUUCUCGGUCCAUGUCGAUGAAUGUUAUGAUGUUUCAGUUAAAAAACAAAUGAGUGUUGUGGUGCGUUAUGUGGACACAAGAGGACAUAUAAUCGAGCGCUUUCUAGGUAUUGAGCAUGUCCCAAAUGCUACAUCUAUCCCACUUAAGACGGCACUUGAUGAUUUGUUUUCACGACAUGGAUUGAGCAUCUCUAAUUUGCGUGGGCAAAGCUAUGAUGGGGCUAGUAACAUGCAAGGUGAACUUGGUGGUCUCAAAAAACUAAUUUUGGAUGAAAAUAGAAGUUCUUGCAAACGCCAUCACCGUCUUCGAGAAAAACAAGCUGCCAAAGUUAUCGAUGAACUUAAUUUAGGUGAAACGCCAAGUAAUCUAGGCCUCAAUCAAGAAACUUCCCAUGUCAGGGCGGGUGACACACAUGGCAGAUCGCAUUAUGAUACUUUGGUGAGUAUGAUUAUCUUGUUUCCAUCUGUGAUAGAUGUGCUUGAGAUAAUAGAGGAAGAUGGAUUAACCCAAGAACAAAAAAGUGAAGCAAAUAUGCUAUCUAAAUCAUUGCAAGACUUUGAUUUUAUAUUUUGUUUGCACUUUAUGAGAACUUUAUUGGGGAUUACUAACGAGUUAUCCCAAGCAUUGCAAAGGAAAGAACAAGAUAUUGUAAAUGCAAUGAACUUGGUUGGAAUAUGCCGAAAGCAACUACAAGAUUUGAGGGAUGAUGGGUGGGAUUCUAUGCUCAAGCAGGUUACUUUGUUUUGUAAGAAACAUGAUAUUGAUGUUUGUAACAUGGAUGGAAUAUUUUUGCUUUCUGGACGGUCACGAGUAAAAGCUCCACAAAUGACAAACUUACACUACUAUCGUGUUGAGUUAUUUUAUGUUGUCAUUGAUCUGCAACUGAUAGAAUUGGAGAAUCGUUUUAGUGAGACUAGCGCUGAUUUGCUCAUUUCCAUGGCGUGUCUCAAUCCGAGCAAUUAUUUUUCUGCUUUUGAUAAGAGCAAAGUGAUUCAUUUUGCUCGUUUCUAUCCCGAUGAUUUUUCUGAGAUGGCACUAAUGAUGCUUGAUGAUCAACUUGAGACUUAUAUUGUUGAUAUGCGAACUUCUGCAGAUUUUUCGAAUCUAAAAGGUAUUGGUGAUCUUGCAGAAAAAAUGGUUAAAACAAAAAGGGAUAAGGUGUACUCUCUAGUUUAUUUGCUUAUCAAGUUAGCAUUGAUUUUACCGGUUGCAACUGCAAUGGUUGAGAGGACAUUUUCUGCCAUGAGUAUUGUGAAAAAUAGGCUGCUCAAUGGAAUGGGAGAUCAAUGGAUGAACGAUGCCUUGGUUGCUUAUAUUGAAAAAGAUGUUCUUGCUAACGUUGAUAACGAAAAUAUCAUUGAUAGGAUUCAGAAAAUGAAAACUCAUCAAGGUGACUGUUGAAUCUAUGAAGGUAGCUGCAACAAAUGGAUUCGGAGAUGGUGAUACACAAUGGAGGAUGCCAUUGUAGAAAUGUAAGAUGGCAAGUUCGAUCACCAGCCAGUGUCGUAGCCUGGAAUUGCAACUGUUCAGACUGUGGUAUGAGAGGAAACACUCAUUUUGUUGUCCCUUUUGAAAGAUUUGAGCUUUUGGGAGACUCAGAAAAGUUCCUAACUACCUACACUUUUGGUACUCGCACGGCAAAACACACUUUUUGCAAGGUAUGUGGCAUAACGUCCUUUUAUACGCCAAGGUCCAACCCAGAUGGAAUAGCGAUAACAUACAAGUGUGUCGAUUCUGGAACACUAACUCAUGUGGAGAUAAAGCGUUUUGAUGGUUUGAACUGGGAGAAAUCACACGAGUCAACUGGCAUUUCAUCGUGCUCUAAGGAGUGAGACCAUAAUCUAAAAUGAAGAUCUGGCAAUUAUGUUAUGAACAUUGUCUAUGUUGUAGAAUGUUAAUAUGCACUGUCUUUCUUGUACUAAUACAAAAAUGCCUGUUUAUAUGAC